AGUAGGUUGCAUUUGAACUUUAUCAUUGCACAUUUCUUGGGGGGAGGGAUUUGUCGGAGUACUGCCGUUAACAAGGGAAUUUCAUUCAGCUUGUGUGGAAGCGUUCUCUCUCUGGCCCGCCGGUCGCUGCCUUCGGAAAUGAGAGCCCUGGCUAUCAGCCUGCUGUCCCUCCUCUGGUGCCAUGCGGCGCUCGGGGAUGUUCGAGACCGCCACCGCUCACGAUCCUCUGUGUCCAGAGGGCGGAACGAUGCUGCCCUGCAGACCAACGCACUGGAGAGCCGGUGCAAGGGGAAGCCCCUGGACUUCGUCUUCGUCAUUGACAGCUCCCGCAGUGUGCGCCCCCACGACUACGAGAAGGUGAAGACUUUCAUCAUCAACGUGCUGCGCUUCCUGGACGUGGGCCCGGACGCCACGCGCGUGGGCUUGCUGCAGUAUGGCAGCGUGGUGCAGAACGAGUUCUCCCUCAAGACCUUCCGCCGCAAGGCCGACAUGGAGCGCGCCGUCCGCAACAUGGUCCACCUGGCCAGCGGCACCAUGACCGGCCUGGCGCUGCAGUACACCAUGAGCGUGGCCUUCUCGGAGGCCGAGGGCGCCCGGCCCCUGGACCGGCACGUGCCCCGUGUCGCCAUGGUGGUCACCGACGGCCGGCCCCAGGACUCGGUGGCCGAGGUCGCUGCCCGGGCCCGCGCCGCCGGCAUCCAGAUCUUUGCCAUCGGUGUGGGCCGGGUGGACAUGAGCAUACUGCGGGCCAUCGGGAGCGAGCCGCACGCCGAGCACGUCUACCUGGUGGCCAACUUCAGCCAGAUGGAGACCCUCACCUCCGUCUUCCAGACCAAGCUCUGCACAGGUACCGACCUGUGUUCCGUGGUGGACCACCGAUGCCAGCACAUCUGCGUCAGCACGCCCACCUCCUACCUGUGCCGCUGCAGGAAGGGCUACAUCCUCAACGCUGACGGGAAGACCUGCCGCGCGGAGGACAUGUGUGCCGUGGCAGACCGUGGAUGUGAGCACAUCUGUUUUAGCCUGCCGGAGUCUUGGGAGUGCCGCUGCCGAAAGGGGUAUGAGCUCAACGAGGACGAGAAGACUUGUCGGCGUAUAGAUUACUGCGACCUGGGGAACCACGGCUGCGAGCACAGCUGCGUGAGCACGGCAGAUUCCUAUGUCUGCAGGUGCAAGAAGGGCUUCGUCCUCAACGCUGAUGGGAAGACCUGCAGGAAAAUUGACCAGUGCGCACUGGGUACCCAUGGCUGUGCGCACGAGUGCCUUAACACAGAAGACUCCUACGUGUGUAGAUGCCGUAAGGGCUACACUCUCAAACCUGAUGGCAAAACCUGCAAAAAAAUUGACCAGUGCGCACUGGGUACCCAUGGCUGUGCGCACGAGUGCGUUAACACAGCAGACUCCUACGUGUGUAGAUGCCGUAAGGGCUACACGCUCAAACCUGACGGCAAGACCUGCAAAAAAAUUGACCAGUGCGCACUGGGUACCCACGGCUGUGCACACGAGUGCGUUAACACAGAAGACUCCUACGUGUGUAAAUGUCGGAAGGGCUACACACUCAAUCCUGACGGUAAAACCUGCAAAAGUCUAGAUGUGUGCAGCACGGUUUCGCACGGCUGUGAGCACCAGUGUGUGAAUGCACUGGACUCCUACAUCUGCGUGUGCCGGGAGGGAUACACUCUGGCAGAGGAUGGCAAGCGCUGCAAAAAGCCCGAAUGUGUGGACGGGGCUAUGGACAUGGUGUUUGUUAUCGACGGCUCCAAGAGCCUGGGCCCGGCCAACUUCGAGCUGGUCAAGCAGUUUGUGAAUGGCAUCGUGGACUCGCUGGACGUGUCGGGCGGGGCCACACACGUAGGCCUCCUGCAGUAUUCUACCAAAGUGCGCACCGAGUUCACCCUGGCCCAGUUCAGCUCCGCCCAGGACAUCAAGGAGGCCGUCUCCCGCAUGGAGUACAUGGGCCGGGGCUCCAUGACCGGCUCCGCUUUGCGCCACAUGUUCGAAUUCAGCUUCUCCGCCAAAGAGGGCGCCCGGCCGGACACACCCAGGGUCGCUGUAGUGUUCACAGACGGGCGCUCCCAGGACGAUGUCUCCAAAUGGGCUGCACAGGCGAAGGAGGCUGGCAUCACGAUGUACGCGGUUGGUGUUGGGAAAGCCAUAGAGGAGGAGCUUAGGGAAAUCGCCUCAGAGCCAGAUGAGAAGCACUUGUUUUAUGCCGAAGACUUUAGCCUGAUGGGUCAGAUAACAGACAAGCUGAAAGCGCGGAUAUGCCAAGAAAAGCCCUCCCCUGAAGAUCUGUGCAAGUGCGAAAAUGUGGUAACCUUCCAGAACCAGGCCACAGAACAACUUCGGAAACUGACCCAGAAACUGGAGAUCUUGACCAAGAGACUGGAAACCCUGGAGAACCGCAUGGUAUUCAACUAAACCAUCCCAGACACCUCGCUUCAUGUCUGUGUGUUUUGACUUAUCAUUGAGCAAAACAUCCAAGGUGUUGUCUCAUGAACAAGUGGUGCUUUAAAGCUAUUUCUGUUUACUACACUGAGACAGAUGUUAAGCUAUUUUUUUACUGUAAGAGGUAUUUAUACACAUGGCCAUACUUCACAUUUUGGCAAAGCUAAGG